CAGGUGUGUCUUUGCUACUGAAUUCCUGUCACUUAUUUCCCUUAAAGGUAAACAGAUGGAGCACGCCUCGGGUCGAAGUGAAAAUGUUAAAAAUGUAACCGCUAAAAAUGUAACCGCUAAAAGGACCCCUUUGCGUUCAAAAUGCCGGCAAGAAAGAGAAAACCCAACGUUCGUUUUUCACCUGGUCGGAUUAAGAAGAUGAUGCAGAAAGAUGCGGAGGUGGGUCGUAUCGCCGCCGUGGUGCCUGUGCUGAUCUCCCGUGCCUUGGAGCUGCUGGUCCGGGGUCUUCUGGUCGAGACCUGCCUCAUCGCCCAGGCCCAGCUCAGCUCCAUAGUCCUGCUUGCUCACAUGAAACAGUGCAUCGAGUCUGAGAAACGCUUCCACUUCCUGAACGAGCUGACGGAGACGGCCACCACCAUCACGGCCCACAGAGACGCCAGGACUCUCAGCAUGUGGUCCUUGUACAGGUCAACGGGGAUGGACUUGUCUUACCGGUACAGGACUAAACCGAAGACUAUGUCUGUCAAAGAACCAUUGAAGGUAGCAGAACGGACCUCCAAAACAAAGCCAAGGAGCCAAGCGGACAGUUCCAGUGACUCUGAUUCUCCGUUGUACAUCUGCUUGUGACUCAACAACAUCCCAUAAUAAUACAAGUUUCCUCCCCCAAGGUCCUCAUGAAGCUUUGAUUGAUGAGCUUUAGAUAUUUAUAUUACUUUAGUUAUUAAAGCUACUGGAUUAAUAAUUUGUCACGCAAAUAUUUUUGUAGAGCAGUUAUUUUUUGUUUAAUUUGGAAUAAAACCUUGGUUUAGUUACA